AGUCAUUGAUCAUCCCAUAGGAUGAUCUCCCCGCGGUAGAUGUAUAAAAUUUAUGACCGGGCAACAGCAGUCGCGCGAGCCUGUGAGUCGGGGCUGAGGUUGGUCGGUCGAUAUUUUAUACGGCCCCAGCCUCGACCCGAUAUCUUACUCGGUAGCCAGAUCCUAGAUAUGACAGUGACAGG